AUGCGUCUCUCGCCAUCAUGGUACCAGUUCCUGGUCGGCGUUUUUGCCUCCCUUGGAUCAUUUCUUUAUGGAUAUGAUCUGGGUGUCAUCGCCGCGGUGCUUGUCUGUCAAUCAUUCAAAACCAAGUUUGAGGCAAAUGAUACCGAAACAGGAGUAAUCGUGUCUCUAUUCACAGCUGGCGCAUGCGUCGGUGCCGGCUUGGCGGGUCCCAGUGGUGACUAUUUGGGCAGACGACGGACUAUCUCAUUGGGAUCACUCAUCUUCACUCUCGGAGGUGGCCUUCAAACCGGUGCGAGAACAAUUGCUUACCUUUACAGCGGACGAUUCAUCGCCGGGUUAGGGGUCGGUUUCCUUACGAUGAUGAUUCCUCUCUACCAAGCUGAGAUCUGUCACCCUAGCAUCCGUGGCCGGGUCACGUCCUUGCAGCAAUUCAUGCUGGGCAUUGGGGCGCUCUGUGCUGCAUGGAUUGGCUAUGGGACCUACACCAACUUAGCACCGGAUAACGAUGCACAAUGGCAAGUGCCUCUCGGUUUGCAGAUUGCUCCUGCCGUGCUCUUGGGUCUUUUGAUCUCUUUCUUCCCUGAGUCGCCUCGCUGGCUCAUCGAUCACAACCGCGCCGAAGAGGGACUGCGCACAUUGGCCAAGCUGCAUGCGCAUGGGGACGAAAACGAUGCUUGGGUCCAGGCAGAAUUCGCUCAAAUUCAGGAGACCAUCACAUUCGAGCAUGAGCACGAGGCGAAGUCAUAUGCCGAGCUGUUCACCAAUCGCUCAUCGUUCCGUCGUCUGUUCCUUUGUUGUGCAUUGCAAGCCUCGGGCCAGAUGACGGGUGUAUCCGCCAUUCAAUACUACUCACCCCAAAUUUAUAGUCAAAUCGGUAUCGCCAACGACGACACAUUGAAGUAUCAGGCAAUCAACUCCAUCAUUGCAUUGAUCGCACAGUUCCUGUGCAUGAUGUAUAUUGAUCGCUUCGGUCGCCGCUGGACUCUAAUCAUCGGCAAUCUUGGCAACAUGGUGACCUUCAUUGUUGCAACCAUACUGCUUGCACAGUUCCCUCCAUCGACCAACAACAACGGGGCCCAUUGGGGUUUCAUUAUUAUGACGUGGCUGUAUAACUUCUCCUUCUCCUCAACCUGCGGUCCUCUGUCCUGGAUUAUCCCAGCCGAAGUGUUCGAUACUCGCACACGUGCCAAGGGUGUCUCGAUUGCCACCAUGAUGUCGUUCGCUUUCAACACGAUGAUCGGCCAGGUGACACCCAUUGCAAUGACUAAUAUCGGAUAUCGCUACUACUAUCUGUUCGUCAUCUGCAACUUCACCAAUGCGCUCUUCUUCUGGCUCUUGCUUCCAGAGACAAAGCGCGUGCCUCUCGAGGAGAUGAACCAAAUGUUCACAAAUGCCCCAUGGAUUGUGCCUGGAACUCGCAAGGAAGACUAUAUGACUCAUGACCUGGAGCGGAAGGUCGAGGAGCAGGAAGUGAAACAAAACGUGCUGCAUGUUGAGUAG